UGUAAACAACAGCGAAUAUACUGUCUACUUGUGUUACAUAUAAAUCUUGCACGUUUUAAACAGCAGAGAAUCGAUAACAUCCCUGUGUUUACGUAUAAAUACAAGCAGCAGAGAAUAGGUAACCUACCUGUGUUACUUAUAAGCAUGGAUGAAGUUGUUUUCUGUCUUCUUGUCAUUUUAUUAUCUGGAUCUGAUGGAGCCACGUGUGAUAUAGAUGCCAAGAUUUGUGAGUUCUGGUUAACGGUUGAUUUCAAAUUGACAAUGAUGAACGAUCAGAUAUCUGUCCAUCCAUAUCAAGGUCAACUUUAUAACUUUAACGAUACGAUGAAUACUAACCCAAUACAAGACACGAGCGAUAUUAUCACUGCCGACGGUUGGGUUGAUUCCAAGCUAGUUAUUGUUGCCAAUGGUACCUUACCAGGACCUUCAAUAGAGGUUUAUGAAGGUCAGACAGUUAUAGUCCAUGUUAAAAACAAAUUACCAAGUGAAGCAACCUCAAUACAUUGGCAUGGUCUUCAUCAACGCGACACUCCCUGGAUGGAUGGUGUUGCAUUUGUUACACAAUGUCCCAUUGAACCUGGACAAUCAUUUACAUAUCAAUUUACAGCUGCGCCGAGAGGUACCUUCCUGUAUCAUUCUCAUAUCGGGGUACAGAGAACAAUGGGCCUGUAUGGGCCUUUCAUUGUACGAGAGCGCACAACAGAGCCUAUACCAGAGUUCGUGGCUGUCAUUAAUGACUGGAAUCACGACGGAGAUUCCAACGAACAAUAUUUUAAAAUGUUAUAUGGUCUAUACAUCAAUGGUCAGCGUGUACAGCAAACACAGUCAUUGGAUGGUGCCAAUUUUACUAUGUUUAAUUUUCAUUCAGGGCUGAUCAACGGAAAGGGCAGGUUUCGUUAUGAAAAUGGUUCUUACAACGAUGCCCCCUUGCAUGUAUUUCAGAUAACCCGUCGAACAGUGUACAGAUUUCGUUUUAUUAAUACUGGAAAGGUGUAUCCGUUUAAAGUCUCAAUUCAGAAUCAUAGUUUGACCGUCAUUGCUGCUGAUGGAUACGAUUUAAAGCAUGCUACAGCUGACUCGAUCAUUAUCAAUCCUGGGGAAAGAUUUGACUGUACCAUCAAAGCUGAUCAGAAAAAUAACCAGAAUUAUUGGAUUCGGGCUCAAACGUUGGAAGUCGGCAAGGAACACGUUGCUGAAGCUAUAUUGCGUUAUCCAGAUGCACCAAAACAGCAACUUGUGGGACCAUCUAUAGAAAAGCAAUGCACGGUAAUCGAACCAUGUGAUGUAAUUAACUGCCCGUUUUCCUAUUAUCCGAGUAACGCCAACACUGAAUGUUUUACAUUUGAUCAAUUGACGAGUUCAAUAUACGUUAAUGAUCCGGCACCCACGGCACCCAGCUACGAGCUCCAAGAGCGAUUCCUAAAUUUCGCCUUCCCUGGAAAUGUCGUUACACCAGGAUCUGUGAAUGGAAGGUCUUUCAUCCAUCCACCAGUAGCAGCUUUAUCCCAACCACAAGAACUAUCAAAUUACAAGUGUGGAGAUGACUGUGGCGAACAGAAGAUAUGUAACUGUAUGUAUUCUUUGGAUCUUGAGCAUGAUAAAGUUUACCAACUGGUUUUCAUCAACAUGGGCCAAGGGAAAGGUUGGUCGCACCCUGUCCAUAUGCACGGUCAUGCCUUUUAUGUCGUGAAGAUGGGUUACGGUUCCUACGAUAAUAUAACAGGCCUCAUCACGGGCGAGAAUAUGGAUGUGGACUGUGGAGGUGGUGUUCCUAGAAAUGAGAGUUUCUGUAAUAAUGCUAAGUGGGCUGACGCUUCGUGGUUCGGAGAUAACGUACCAGGUCUUGAACUGAAGAAUCCGCCCAGAAAGGAUACUAUUAUUGUACCAACUGGAGGCUAUGUUGUUGUUAGAAUCAAGGCCGAUAACCCAGGCGUGUGGUUUAUGCACUGUCACAUAGAACUGCAUAACAUGAAUGGAAUGGCCAUGAUGAUCAACGAAUCGUUUCCAAACCAUCCAGAUCCACCAAAGGGGUUUCCAAGAUGUGGCAAUUUCGAUUACCAGGGAAAAGGACCUUCACCUGAUCGACAAUGCAGUUUGGAAGGUAGUGUGGCAUUUAACUGUGAUUUUGUUGCUGGUGUUGUUGUUUUCUUGGUGAUAAUCUUUGUUAUUAACCCAGAUCUGAAUAUCGCGUUAAAGAUUGUAGUCAUGGUUAUUUUUGCUGUUGCUUCUGGAACUCUCGGUGCUGGAUCAUAUGGAGCUUGUCAUAUUCACAUAGCAAUUGGUGGUAUAGUUGGUAUCAAUAUUGUGUGUAUGCUUGUUGUAUUUAUAAUAACAAUUCCUGUUGUUAAAUUCGCUUGUCAUGACCGAAAAUGAAGUUUAAAAGAUCAAGCAAGUUUAAAGACUCGCAGCAGAAUAAUUCACAUUUCCGUAUUUGAUAUGUUGUUCUUUCAACAGUUGAUAUGAUGUCUUAACAAAUAUUUAAUUUUUUGUUAUUCAGAAACUGGCGUUAAAAUAUCGCUUCAGGGGAAAAAAUACUUGGGUACUUGGGUUCAUUGUUCAAUUGAGGGUAAAUAUUUCUGGCAAAAUGGACAUUCCAGAAAACUGAUGAGAAUUUAACGGAUGUUGGACCUCAAACCAAAUGAGAUAGUUUAUUUGACACUGUGAUUCUAUACAAGCCUAGGUCAAUAUGCCGUGAGUUAUGUAUAAUACUUCAAGUUUGAUCAUGAAAUGAAACGUAACGAGGUCUGAUGUCCUACUGCACUUGUCCGACCGACUGGGCUAAUGAAGACGGGCAUACGCCAUACAUUAUGCUAUGGUGGAUAUUUUGCCCGGACAGCGACACUACUGCCUAUUCUUAUUUCGAAUUACAAUUGUCCAGGGUUCUUUUGCGCGCACGGCAAUAUGUACACGUACCUUGUUUUUUUAUAUCAUCCGAAGGGAUUUACAGGUUGUAGGUUCAACAGCUGUUUUAAUCUCUCGUCAUUUGUCAGGAAUAUUUAUUUCCACCAAUGGGUUCUACUUUUCAACCUCCUCAUGAGGGUCAGUCAAAAUCCAAUGUCAUUAACACACACAUCCUAUUUCGUUUCGUUUUUAAUAGUUCACAAUUUCGUUUUACUUGUCUUCACUACACCUGGAAGAGUUGUUAAAUAACCCGUGUUCUAGUUGAUUUGAGGGAAUGGGUUAUCAAGUGGUCUGUUGAAUCGAGUUCUUGUCGUCUGGCACGCUGAACUGUAGGAAAAAAAACCCCAACAAAACAAAGCAUAGGAACUAUGACAUCAUGGCGUCUUACAGCUUUACUUAACCAUGACUUAACAAGAUCGGGGAAUUUUCGGAAAGGGCUUACUUUGUGUUUUAGUGGUGGGAGGAUAAAUGAUUUUUUUUUAAAUUCCUCAUACACAGGGUGGUUAUGAAAGCGACAUGUGCCGAAAAAUCGAAUUUGACAAACAUCAAUUAAAAAAUGUGUUUUUCAUACGUGUUUUCGGGUUAUUGGAUUCAACUCUGAUCUCAAAAAUAAAUUUAGAGAAUUCUUGAUAGUAGAAAUUCAAAAUGGCCUGCAAAGUAAAUCCAAAAUGGGGGAAUUUUCCGUCAUUUUUAUCCGUUGGAUAAGGCUUGUAAUAUGUCUUAUAUAUGGGUUUGGUGGUUGAUGGGUUCAAUCUGUAGCUAAAACAAGCAAACUAAUUGAGCAUGCUAGUGCUAGUAAGGUGGACAAGUGCCAUUUCACACAAUCGGCAAACAAUAGUAUUUUUUACAUAUUUUAGAUUAUACAAGAACACUAAAAUUGACAUAUUCUGUGAUAAAUAUGAACAAAUUGUUAAGAAAAUCGUCUAAAAAUUGAUUUAUUAAAAAAAAAAAAAAAAAAAAAAAAAAAUCAAAUGAUCUUAUUUAAGAACAAUGGUGCUUGUCCACCUUAUUGCACUAGCAUCCUCAAUUAUGAAUGAUCCUGAUGGCGUAAAUUUAAAAUAGAAAAUAAACAUCUUCCUAGGUGUGCCGCAAAAAUCUGAAAAAAAAUCCCACGUGAGUAUUGAGUAUUCACUGGUGUCUACUGAUAAUUUCAUAGCUGUGUUUUUCUUUACUCAUGUGUCUAUGACUAGUCUCUGUCUAAGGUUGUAUUCCAUCUGACUGCCCAUGUUUUUAUUUUGCAAAAUUCAAAAAUAUUUUCAUAUAUAGUUAGCCAGGUGUAGCGCUAUUUUUCCAUGUGUUCCAAGGUAUACCAUUGGAAACAAAAGGUUGAGAACCACUGAUGUGGAUAUUGUUUCUACAAUAAGGCUUUUAGGGUUACUUAAUUUCAGAUAGGAUUGUCAGACAUCAAAUUUGUACGUUAAACAAUCAUGUACCGUGUAGUUCAGGUAGUCUCUAAAACAUGUAUACAUUGUAGUAAGGGUAAACCAUAGUUUUGUAAAUAGGAGGUCGAUCGUCAAAUGAAUAUAAAUUUUACAAUGUUUGAACCCCGACAUGACAUGGUUUCUCUUUAAUGAAUGGACUGUUAACGCGCUUUAAAUAUUUGGGUACGAUAGACUUGGUGUAGAAAAUUCUAGGCACAUUCAAAUGUUGGCAAUAAUAAAGAUUCAAUUAUA